GGUUGUUCUUUUCGCAGCAAAAAUCCUUUAUGAAGAGGAUAUCAGCUGUGAACUCAGAGAGUAUAGCGAAGCUUGUAUUAGGACACCAUGGUACCACAGUUGUUGGAAUACCUGGAUAUUAUUUCCAGGAAUACCUGGAGGACUUACUAAACAAGAUAAGAAAGAAAUGGAAAAGUUCAGUUCAAGUUGCUAUUGUACCAUCGUCAUCUGAUGAUGAAAGCGAGAUCUGUCAGUCUUUUGGUGUUCAGGAAUUUCCUGCUCUCUUAAUUUUUGAUAGACAAGAAUGGGAUGAAAACCAACAACCAGGUGUUGUCUUACAAGGACAACUUAAUGCUGGCUUUCAACAAGUCAAACUUGAACUUGCCAUCAGAGACAGUCAAUGUACAGUUCUAAACAUGGGAAAUUUUGAGAAAGAAGUGCUUGAGACAGAGAUCCCAAUGUCACCUAUAGCUGUUACUUUUUAUUCUCAUAACAACUUAAGGUCAAUAUCUUACAUGGAUGAUAUAUUAAAAACAACUGUAAAAGGGUUUGGAGCCAUUGAUGCUUCAUUUCGGUUUGGUAUGGUUAACUUGGCAAACAGUAUACAAGUUAUCAGACAUGUCAAUGCAUCAUUGGUCUCUUCUUUUCCAUUCACUGUUGUUUUCUGGCAAGAAAAACAAUCUGGUGAAUCCAAUUAUAUAAUAAAACAAGCAGCRCUAACCAAGGGAAUCCCAACAGUAGAAACUCUGUAUAAUUUCCUUGUGUCACAUGAUGUGCCGUUAUCACUAGAUGAGGAUACAGAUUUGUCAUGGCUUGAAAGAAAGGAGUUGACUUGUGGAACAACAGAACCAACUGACAAUAAGUGUGAGAUCAGCGAUGGUAAUAUCACAAACAGUGACUUCAUAACAAAUGCCCAGGUGUUUGGUCCAGAGUUAGCACCGACUGGAUGGACUGACUUUGAGAUUACUGCACCCCCUGACAAUAAAUCAACACCAGAUCAUGCGAUACCAUUUGUAACAGACAAGACCUGGGCUGCAACAAUAGAACAAUCAGUCAAACCAACCAAAACAUAUGGAAUUCCCCUCACAAACCAACAGCACUCAAAACCUUAUCGUAUCUCACUGGUUGUUUUUGUGAAGGAUAACUGUGGAUAUUGCACAAAGAUUAUGCCASUGUUACAAGACAUGGCCAACCAAGUCAAACUUAUCGGUGUGUCCAUGUAUCUUAUGAACUGCUCUACCGAUCCAGUUCACUGCAAAAAGCACGGUAUAACAGGGUUCCCAACCCUAACUGCUUUCCGUAGCCUUAGCUGGGCGUUAGCAGGGCACUGUUUUCCAACAGGACAGAGGUCGCGGUACAUACGUGUAGAUUAUCAUGGUGCUAUMGUGACAUCUUUAUUGCUCGAUUGGUUGUCCAGUAUUAAUACUCCUGCAGUUAAUAAGGAAUACAUGUAUACUCACCUUCCUGAUAAUAUGGAGGAUGACGUAUACUUGGUUGCCACCCUAUACACGCGGUCGUUGGCACGUCGGUACCUGUCAUCGACACUGAUUGACAAGUGGUACUCCUACCAGUGUUAUACACUAGUAUGUGAACUGCUGUAUGGCCUGGUGCCGUGUUACGCAAUCUAUACACGUGACGUAGUUGAUCACGUGGCUGGCACGAGGAAUGAUAAGGAUCUUAUAGUCUCCAAGCUUUCCAUUCAGCGUAAAGAUGGUGUUCGUGCUAAUAUCUUCGAGCUUGGUUAUAGUCUUGCAUUCACUCUCAAUCAUGACAGAAAUUCCAGACUCCAUUCGUUUCACAAACCUCACAGGUACAACCUUCCUAAUGACUUCAAAUGUGAAGACGAUCACAGGACAUGUACAGACUACRUUGUGCAGUUCGUUCGCGAUCAUAGACGACUUCCUGUCACCCAGAUCACCACGGCCAUAUUUCACACAAAKACUGGGGCUCAASACACAAGUGAUGUGUUCUCUCAAAACCUUCCCGUCAUGCUUAUUCUGGCUCACCGUCAGAACAUAUCACGUGACAGUGUCUUCUACAGGGAGUUAAUUUCUGCCGCGUAUACGAUGUAUCAAGACAUAGUAUUUGCUACUGUUAAUGUCGACGAGUUUUCAUACUGGGCAAGUAGGUUUGUUCCUAAAGACUACGGAAGCAAAUAUGCGUACGACACGUCUUUCUUGCCAACACUCUUCCACUACCCUCGGCUAUGUAUCGUUCGAUGGCACGACCAUCAGCAUGCUGCUUUUUAUCCUCCCGUGGAUGAAAUGGAAAGAUUGGGGACUAGAGUCCAGGAUAGACUCAAUAAGAUUGAYGCGCAGCAGAUUAUAAAGUUUGCUCAAAACUUUUUAAAGAAUCCCGAAAAGGUUGCUGUUAGAACAGAAAUGUUUUAAUUUACUGUCCGCAGAUGUUUCUAAUGGUAUUAUGACAAAACUAGGAAAAACACAUCAAAGAACAUAUGAGUAAUGCAUUUAGAGGAUUCACUGAUCUUAAUAUUUAUUCUGUGGGAAACAAAUGGCUACUAGAACGCAGAACGUGUUUCAUCUCAGAUCGACAGGACUGUGUUGUUUCAAUAUUUAUACCAAUCGAUGUACAGUGUAGAUAAUUUCUAUAUUUAUGUAGAUAAAAUCUUUAUAUUGUAAAUACAAUGUUUUUGCAAAAAAAAUAAACAAUACAUGAAAUAAAAUAAAUAA